CUCUCAUUCUCGCGCAAUGGUGGCGAUUCGUGCAUCCUUGGCCACGCUCUUCCUCGCGGCUUGCGCUUCGGCACAGCAGCUCUCUUCGACGCUCACCCAAAUCAAAGAUUUCGGCCCUAAUCCGCGCAAUGUAACCAUGUACAUUUACGUUCCUAAGAACAUAACUACAAAUGCACCAAUCAUGGUAGUCCCUCACUGGUGCCACGGCACUGCGAAAGACGCUUUCAACGGCCGUCCCUAUGCCUCGCUAGGCGAUCAAUACGGCUUCAUCUCCAUCUAUCCCGAUUCACCGAAUAAAGCAGACCAGUGCUGGGACGUGAGCAGCAACGCAUCAUUGACGCACAACGGCGGUGGGGAUGCAUUGAGCAUUGUGAACAUGGUGAGGUGGACGAUUGAGAAAUAUGGAGCGGAUAAGGAUCGGGUGUUUGUAACGGGCACGAGCUCAGGCGCGAUGAUGACCAACGUACUCCUCGGCUCGUAUCCGGAUGUUUUCGCUGCAGGAAGUGCAUGGGCCGGUGUAGCAUUCGGCUGUUUUGCUGGAAAUGGCUAUGAUGUCUGGAGCGAUGCAUGCGCUACUGGAAAGAUUAUUAAGAACGGCACUGAAUGGGCAGCGAUGGUGAAGAAUGCGUUUCCUGGAUAUACUGGUUUCCGACCUAAGAUGCAAGUCCUCCACGGUACGGCCGACACCGUUCUCUACCCACAGAACUUGAUGGAGGAGAUUAAGGAAUGGACGAGCGUGUUUGGAUACAGCGAGACUCCGGAGGAGACGACAAAGGACACGCCGCUGAAAGGCUGGACGAGAUACAGCUACGGGCCGAAGUUCGAGGCGUAUGAGGCAGCUGGGGUAACCCACGAUAUUCCUAACCAAGCGGAUCUGGUGAUGGAUUGGUUCGAUUUAAAGUGCAAGGCUACGAUGUCACGGAUGUGCUACUCGAGGGCCUCUGGCUAGGCUAGGUAUUAAGAACAUGGUUGGCAAAUGGAUAAGGGGACCCAGCUUCGAUGCAUACGCUCUUAGUCGAG